UUGCGGGCGGGCUCCUCUCGUCAGGAAUUCGGAGGAAGAAAGCGUGAAUGACCACGUGCGAGGGGGGAGGAGGAAUUGGCGGCGCAACCAAAAGGAGGGAAGAGGGACGGGCUCGUGGAGGGUCUGUGUCGUUCUCGGAGCGGCUGCCCCCUCCGAGCUUUGCCUGCCUGCCUGCCCCGGCAAAGAGCGAUCGGCGGGGCGUGGAGUUGGCACCGGCUGGUUGGCAGGUGGGAGCCUGAAUCGCUCCCCGGCGUGUGUGAUUGCAGCCCCAAAAGUGGAUGGGCACAGGUUGGCCCUCGCCCUCCCAUUCCCUUCUCCUCUCACGUCGGAGUCGCCCUGAGAACUGCUCUUCCCUCUUCCCUCUCUAGGCUGAUUCCGUGCCACACGGGCAUCCAGGGUACCGCCGUGCCCCGAGGUCGGCUUUAGGCGAAGUCUCGCCGCGCAACCUUUUUCCAUUCUAUUGCCGCCGCCUCCUCCUCCUCCUGGUGUUACGGAUUAAGUAUGCUUCCCGAUUUCUUGGCAGGACACCUGGCAGGGAACGAGGCCAGGCAAAGCUGGCAGCGUUAACUCUUCACUUGCUGUCAACACGAAUAUCUGAAGAAAUACAGAUAAAGGCAGCCAGCCAGGCAGGAUUUGGUGGUUUCUGUUCAAGUUCCAUGGAUGGCGAGGCGUACUGUGAUCCGUUCAUCCCUGCUGUCCCCUCCCAGUUACUAUGAAGCAGUACACGAUGGACGUGGACCUACAAGUCCUGAGUAUCCUUUCUUUAGUGGCUGGUACCACUAUAUGGGUCAGGAACCUCUUUCAUACAAACGACGUGGAGGAAUUGUGGAUCAACGUGAUGUCAUCAUGGCCCAUCAAGCCCACAAAAUCCACAACACACCACAGGCAAAGCGGAAGGAGUGGGAGAUGGCUCGGUUUGGAGAUGAGGUGCCAGCCCGCUAUGGGGCAGGAGGUUCAGGGGGAGCUGGCGCUGGAACAGCAGGCGGCGGAGGUGGCCGGGGUGCUGGGGGCGUUCGGCAAGGUGGUCCCCCAGGGGCCCAGAGGAUAUAUAAACAGUCGAUGGCCCAGCGAGCCCGUACCAUGGCACUCUACAACCCCAUUCCUGUUCGGCAGAACUGUCUGACUCUCAACCGCUCCCUCUUCCUCUUCAGCGAAGACAACGUGGUGAGGAAAUACGCCAAAAAGAUCACCGAAUGGCCAUAUCCUUUCUAUGGGGGGGGGAGGGAAGCUGUUCAGUACCAAUACUUAGGCCGCAUUGCUGAGGUAGUAAUUGAUCCAUCUGUUUGGAGUACCAUUGUUCAGUUCAGGUCACCACAGUCCAAAAAGGAGAAUAACAAACUGGAGCAAGUUCAGAGGUGGACUAUCAAGAUGGUGAAGAGUCUGGAAAUCAAACCCUAG